AUGCCUUCAACUAGCUCCCCGGAGGGCGCUCCUCUGGCCGAUUACUUUUGGAUUGCGGGCGUGGACGGCACUGAGAUUCUGGAUACCUUCAAACGACUCGGCGAAGACUAUCGCAUCAAUGGCGCUGCCUCCCCGGGCCCCGCGCUCUCCGAUGCUAUCCAGGAAGACGCCGACGCUGAGGAGGAACACCUCCCGGAUGGUACCUCCCGGCCCAACUCGACUCUCUACGCUGGAAAUAGUACCCGGCGCAGCUCCAACCAGCGCCUGUCGACCCUUUCGCGCACCGAUUCCAACCAGCCCAAUGGUACCGGUAGCAACCGUAGCAGUGUCACGGUCAAAGGCGCCUCCUCCCCGAUGCGGGCUUCGGCAAUGUUCUCCGAGGACUUUGAUUUUGACCAGGCGUUGCUGAAGUUUACGUCGGAGAGAGAUACCUUUUUGACGGAUCUGAGCUUGAGUGCGGGUGCAAUUACCACGAACACGCGCCCGCGAUCUCGUGUUCGUACGCAAAAGAUUGUCUCGGAGGAUUCGCCGUCUCAGGGUGGCAAUCUACUACGAUCGGGCAUUGGAAGUGUGCGCCGGCAUAUGUCGUUUCGGGAUAUGAAUAGUAUGAAGAGGCAGCCGUCGACGAUUGCGCGACAAGCUUCCGUACGUACGUCUCGACGACUUAGCAACUACAAUUCCGUGAUUCCCGUACCGCAGCCCCUCGAAAUCUCCCCGACAAUGCACCCAUUGAAGCGCCGCUUCGAGCCCGUCCUGCUCGAUCGAUACCCCACGCGAGGCAUGGCCGACGAGAUGAAGCAGCGAGGCAACUUUCCGGACUACGUACCGAUGUUCGCCUUUCCCAAUGAUGUCAAUAUUGUUGCCUCGGAUCAACGGCCGCGGUCGACCUGGCACGGGUUUGCCAUGACAACGGACAAUGGCUCGAAGUUGCACGCAAUCUGUGUGAUUAUUUGGAUCCCGUUGAAUUCAAAGGCUGCGGAUGAGCUGGAGAAGCGAUGUGAGGAGUGGCGGAAGGAUAACAUGACGGACGAGGAGCGUGAGCUGGCAGCGAGUCUGGGCGAGCGGCUUGCAUCGGAGCGGGCCAAGCUGUCUAGGCUGCUGGCACAGCUGCCGAAUGUACCUUCCGGAUCAGACUCCCGUGAACAGCUCGAGGACGAGAUUAGCGCGGUCGAGGAGAAGAUUGGGCUUAUGACGGACUUGCUGCGCCCGGUGCGACAUGCGGCGUCUUCCAAGAUCGAGGGUUUGACUGAUGGUGACACGGGCUUUUGGAUUCCCCGCGCAUAUGGUAUUCUCGGUCGUGAGGCGAAUAUGACCAGCUUCUGGAAGGAGUGGCUGAAAGCGAUCGUUGUGCCGAUGACCGAGGGUGGUGUGCAACGUGUGCCAUCCAGUUCGCAACGAAUGGGGGUGUGGCAGCCGCUGGAGCGAUACGUCAUGAAUCUCUGUACGGAAGCAUUCUGUCCAGUCUCGUCCAAGACACAGGUCGAGCUUGCAAUCCGUGAAUUGCGGCUAUUUGCUCGCCAGGAAGCUUCUAACGAGCUUCCGGGUUCUCGCAAUACCGACCUGUAUGCCUUGUUCCGAACAUUAUCCGUCCCGAACAUUAUUAUUCUCUUCGAGUACGCUUUGACAGAGUCUCGAAUCAUCUUCUUGUCCUCCCACACCUCAAUGCUCUACCUCGCCACCAGGGCUCUGGUGGACCUGCUCUUCCCCAUUCAGUGGACUGGUGUUCUGAUCCCUGUUCUCCCCGCUCGUUUGGUCCAGGCGAUCGAGGCUCCUUGCCCGUAUAUUGUGGGUAUCGAGCGUCGAUAUGAAAAGGUGGAAUUGCCCACCGACGAUUUCGUUCUGGUCGAUCUGGAUAACGACAUGAUCGAGAGUACCCUUCGCCCAACUCCUCUCCCCCGUCAUCAACGUAGGAAGCUCCUCUCGCUCUUGCAGAUGGCUGCUCCUCACCACAGUCGCUGCGGGGUACCAACCGGUCCCCCAGCAUAUGCGAUCGAGACAUACCCAUGGGACACAUUCUUGUCAGAAAGCGCGGCCAUGUACACCGCAAAGGCCCCGCCAACCAACCUUGCCAAGUACGUGGGCCUCAAUUCCAGCACCUUCGGCUCAACUGCCGUGACUCCUGGAACGUACCAGCCCCCGAUCUUCAAUGCAUUCCUUCAUGCCCGUAACGAGCAGGCCUCCUCACGCGGGUAUUCCUCCAAGAGCUAUGACCGGCCAGGAACUAGCUCCACAGCCAGGGCCAGUGCGUCUCCCCCAUCGCCCAGAGAAAGCUCCCCUACCUCGGGUCACUUCCCUCCACCUCCACCGACUCCCUCCUCUCGGAAUGACUCUGGCAUGGCGUUGCAAGCGUCGCUGCGAGAGAAACGGUCUGGCCAUUUCGAUGCUGCAUCUCGGAGGAGCUCGUCCUUUGGAAUGACGCGGCGUCCGAGUGCGCCUUUCCUCGGACAUGCCUCUAAUCUGUCCGUCACCACGCUCAACACGGACUACGGGCCAGGCUCGACUUAUGCUCCGUCGGUGUACGCUCAAUCCACAAUUGCCGCAUCGACGAUUGUCCCACAGGCUGCUGUGCAGCCCAUUGACAAUGCUACGGGCACUGCCUGGGUUGAGGGCCACUAUUUCCAGACCCAACCAUGGGAUGAGAAACUAGUAUGUGCCAUCUGUGAUGACCGCGCAGAGGAAGGCAUGUACAAGUGCUCGCAGUGCAAGUUGACUGUCCACAACCGCUGUGCGUCCCAGGUCUGCCUCGUCUGCGAUGCUGCCUUCCACCCCGAUCAGAUCCGCGCGGCCUUUGUCAGGUGCUUCGCCAGCUUAUUCUAUACCUAUAAGAAGUUCCUGGUACCGGCUAGUGGGGAGAAGAAGAAAUCUGGAAUGUACUACACGUUCAAUAUGGAUGCUUUUAUGAAGAGCCUUCCACAUGAGCAUGCCGAGUACAUUGCCGUCCUGCAGCAAACGCAAGGAUUCAAUGAGUUCAUCAGUGAACGUGAAAGAACCAAUCCCAAGUCCAAGGACUCAAAGAUGGCCCUCUUCGACGAGAUCGUCCUCUCAAAACGCAACCGAGGCCGCAGCUCCAUCUUCUCCGGUCGAUCAACCACCGACUUCCUAUCCGACACGUCCAACCACUUGUGGCGGACAGCCAGUGCCACAUUCUUCGCGCCAAGCAGCCGUAGCCAACCAAAUCUCUCCGGUGAUUACAGCAGAGUUGUCCAAAGAGCCCCGGCCAAGCUUGACACGAGUCUCAUGAAAGAACCCCGCAUGAUCCAUGGAGCUCCGCGGGUCUCCAAGACGGCAAAUACUGCCCGUCGAAAGCCUUUGCCUAAACUUAUGAAUGGGUUGGCUAUAUCUCCUCCGAGUUAA